AUGCAUGCGUCUCGCAUAAUCCCGUCGACCUUAUCUAUACUGGCCCUACUAAGUCAGUUUCAACUCUCGAUAGCUUCACCAUUGGAACCCGAGGGAAGUCUCGAGGAGGCCACCUUGGAGAAGCGCUGUUCGAAUCCUUGCGGUUAUUAUAGCCAGCUUUGCUGCAGCUCAAGCGAAACAUGCAGCACCAACAGUGAUGGCGAAGCUGAGUGCGUCGGUUCCGGAAGCUGGGAGUAUUACACCACCACGUAUGUCGUGACCGAAACAGAGCGUGCGACUUUUACUUCAACAUGGAGCUCCUACAUUUCGGCAACAACGAGCACUGGCAGUUGCAAUGCCGAGUAUGGUGAAACGGUCUGCGGCAGCGACUGUUGCGGCCCUGCAUAUGUCUGCUCCAACAAUCAAUGUAUCCUGGGAAGCACGUCAAUCUGGGCAACCGCAACUGCCACACCCCCCGUACGCGGAACAACGCUAUCGACUGUAACUCAAACGGCCACCACUACUGAGCCUUUCACUGCCCCUGUGAGCACAAGCGGCACGCCAUUGGUUGUGAAGGGUUCCGGCGGAGGACUCAGCGGCGGAGCCAUCGCGGGCAUUGUUAUUGGAACAAUUGCUGGCGUGUUCCUUCUGUUACUCCUUUGCGCCUGUAUGUGUUGCCGUGGAGCACUUGAUUCUGUGCUUGCUUGCCUUGGUCUCGGUGGCGGUAGGAAGCGGAGAGAAACCACUUACGUUGAAGAACGUCGUCGUCGUCACCAUUCUUCUUCUGGGGCUAGGCCCGAGCAACGCACCUGGUUCGGCAGUCGACCGGCGCCAUCAACAGCAGGUGGCGGUAAGAAGAAGGAGUCUGGCAUGGGUGCUUUGGCGACAAUUGGAAUCGUCCUGGGUGCGAUCGCGCUGUGCCUUGGGUUGAAGAGGCGCAGAGACCAUCGUGACGUGGACGAGAAGAGCGAUUACACGUAUCCGAGCACCUACUACAGUUACUACUCCUCUGACUACUAUACCAAUGAUGGAAGCGUUGUGACAGAUGAUCGGCGGACGAGAGACACCAGAAGAACUAGACGAUCUCGCACGCGUUCACGAAGAUGA